UAAUUAUUAAUGUUGUAAAGUAUUAAAAUAUAUUACGAGAUAUAAAUAUAGGUUUUAAAAGUGAAAAAAAAAACCGAUAACUGCUAACGGAGCAACGGCCAUUCAAACUGAAAACAAUGGGCACAACGGACGAAUUUUCGCUCGCCUCGGGGUAUUUAGCUCGAAUACAGAGGGAUUUUAUAAAGAGAAUUCAAUUUCAACUGCACGACGCUGAACUGUAAAAUUGUAUCGACUAUAAUGGCGAUUUGGAGAGUUUUCUUCCGUAGCAUCGCUGGUUUCCAUUUCCAUUCAGCUUUCACAAUGUUUGCCCAACGUCCCGGGAAGAUACAUAUCAACGAGAAGGUGCUGAUGCGUCUUUCCGAAAAGGCCAAAUUGGACAAUUCUCAGAAAGGAUACCUGUAUAAAAGGACUGCCGAUCAAAAGCAGUGGAGGAUGCGUUAUUUCAUUUUAUAUCAGAAUAUGCUGUUCUAUUAUGAAAGUGAAGAAGAUCAACGUCUAUGUGGAGUUAUUUUCUUGGAAGGUUGCUAUUGUGAAAGAACUGUAUGUCCGAGUACUUCUCAAACGGAAUACGUAGAUGAUGGGUUUGUUAUAGAAAUAUCGUUCCUGAAAGAUUCGAUUAGAAGUUACGAGUUGAAGGCAACUACGGAGAUGUUAUGCGAUCAGUGGUUGCAAGCCAUUAGGAAAGUCGGCUACAACGGUUUAAAAAUGGCUAAUCAGGAAUUGGACGAGAAGCAUCGACAUCUUGUUCAAAUCCUCGAGUUGGAAAAGAAAACUAAAUGGAGAUACGCCAAGGAAUGCGAGGACCUCGAUAAAGAAGUGAAAAGAUUGAAAGUCGAAAUGAUAAAUCUACGAAGGCAAUUUAAAUUGAUGCCGACAGAAACUCCCGCUGAUAUGGCGAGGUCGGGCGCAAAUUCUCCCGAACUUCGUAAAAUAAAAAAGGUACAAAGCUUCUUCAGAGGUUGGUUAUGCAGAAGGCGAUGGAAACAAAUUGUUGAACAAUACAUUAAAAGUCCGCAUGCGGAGAUUAUGCGAAAAAGAAACAGUUUAGUUUUCCAAAUGCUUGAAGCCGAAGAGGAAUACGUCGAUCAAUUGGAGAUCUUAAUAAACUGCUUUAUGAGACCACUAAAAAUGGCGGCCUCAUCCAAAAAACCUCCUUGUUCUCACGAUGAUAUAGGCGCAAUCUUUCUCAACUGCGAAACGGUCUUAUUCCUUCAUCAGAUAUUUUUAAAAGGGUUAACUUCUCGCGUGGACAACUGGCCUAAUUUAGUCCUCGCGGAUCUUUUUACUAUCUUAUUGCCAAUGCUGACAAUAUAUCAAGAAUACGUCCGCAAUCAUCAUUACUCAAUACAGGUGCUCACGGGAUUGAAACAAAAUACGGCCUUUCAUAGCUUGUUGCAAAGGUUAGAGGAGAAGCCAGCUUGCCGAGGAAGAACAUUGGAAACAUUUUUAACGUACCCCAUGCAUCAGAUUCCUCGAUACAUAAUCACACUUCAAGAAAUCAUCGCUCACACUCCUCACGAACAUGUCGAGUCAAAAACGUUGAGCGAAGCCAAGCAACAACUUGAAGAAUUAUCGAGGAUUAUGCAUGACGAAGUGUCGGAAACAGAAAAUUUGAGGAAGAACCUAUCGGUGGAACGGAUGAUCAUCGAAGGGUGUGAUUUAUUAUUGGAUAAUAACCAAAUUUACAUCAGACAGGGAACGUUAGUGCAGGUACCGUGCGCCGGAAGUGGUAAGAUCAAGGUGAACUUCAAAUGUGAUAAGGAAGUCAUACGUCAAUGUUUCCUAUUUUCCAAUCAUCUGAUUAUUACAACUAGGUCGAAUAGCGGCAGGCUACAUUUAGUGCCGAUUAUCGGCAAAAUAGCUUUAAAAGACGUCGAGCUUAUCGAGGACCCGUGUGAAGAUAGCUGCAACGGUAAUAAAGCUUUUCCUCUCGGCGAAAGGUUUAACGAGCUUUUAGGUGACGCCAACGGUCGAAGAAACAAGUACAACAACUGUGAUUUUAAAUUAAUAGUUACUUUAGUGGAAGAAGGAACUAAUAAACUUAAAAAUGACACCGUCGUCGUACAUUUACUUUCCCCGACGAGACAAGAAAAGCUCGCUUGGAUAUCAGACAUUAGUCAGUGUUUAGAAAAUAUUUCCAGAAAUGAUAUCUUGAAACCGGCCAUUCACGAUACUAGUUUGGUGUGCUUACCUCGUUGCGUUAAGAACGACAACAAACUUUUCGAUGACGAAGACGACAUCAAAUUCAGCAGAACGCUUAAUUCAUGCAAAGUUCCCCAAAUUCGUUACGCUACAUCUGAGAAAUUACUUGCACGGCUCGCCGAUUUGCGAUUCCUAUCGAUCGACUUCCUGAACACCUUCCUCCUCACAUACAGGAUUUUCACCGAUGCAAUUACAUUACUAAACACCUUGAAAAACAUCUUUUCUAACACCGAUUUUCAAACUAUGAGUACAAUGUUGUCCCAAGAAGAUCUCGACACCGUCGACGAGAAUCUCAAUAUUUAUUACGGUAGACGAAGGAGCAGUCUCAUCACACCCCGAAGAAUUAGCGGAGCCAGUAGCGUUUCCGGUUAUUACUCCGAAUCUUCCGAACGCGAUAGAUCUCACAGUUACGACUCAAGAGUAUUUGGGCAUCGCAGAAGAACUUUGGAGAAAUACGAAGAAGAACCCAAUGAAGAAGCAGUUCAAGUUAACGUAAUUAGCCCCACAACUCCCGAAAAAAACAUCUCCACACAAAUAAGAGUUUCCAUAGACGUUCAUUAUUCCGAAAAUUCAGGACCCAGCACUUCAAGAAGGCGAAGUUCAAUUAUGAAUCCCGUCGUAGAUUUUAAUCUUUUACCAAUUACUGAGAAGCAAGAAAAGGCGCAGAAAAAAUCGUUGAAAAUAUUAUUAGAAAAAUCGCCGGAAGGAUCGUUGUUAGAAAAAUCACCAGAAAAAGAUUCAGCGGAUCAAAGUCAAGAUAAGGAAGAACAAGACGAAAAAAGCGACCCCAAUAGUAUUAAAGUAGUUGAAGACAUAAAACCACCACUUUCAUCCCCAACUGAACGUGCUCAAACAGCCGCGUCGAAGUGCGCCAAUACAGUGUUGGAGUUUGCUGCGAGAAUCGCUAUUAGUCGAUACUACGAAAAGCGAAGAUCAACUCAAGAAGGUGUCAUACCCCAAUACAUCUUAGAAUCAGAAACGAUGCUUCAAUAUACCCGAGCUGGCGUGAUUAUAACAUCAUCGCAUCCCACGAAUAGAAGAAGUAGCUUUUCAGAAACUGCUAGAGCUUUCGCUGUAGCUACUGCAGCUUCCACAACUCCACGAGAUUUAAGUAUGGAAGAAGAAUCGGUUAUCAGAACGAGACAUAAAGAAAGUAUCAUCGCCACAGCUUGUACCAUGAGAGUUUUAAACAUUUUAAGGCAUUGGAUAUCAAAACAUAUUCAAGAUUUCGAAAAGAACGACUUAUUGAAGUACAAAACACUCCAGUUUUUAGAUGAGAUCAUUUUUAGUACUAACUUGAGUCAACCUGAAUAUAAAGCUGCAACGAAAUUAGUGCAGCUACUCGUUGAACGAGACGUUCCGAAAGAAUCAACCACGAUUCAGGAGUUGCUUAGUCUUCCAGCUGUAAAUAAUUAAAUAUUAUUAAUUUAAUCAAUUAAUUUUUUAUUUUUUCAGUGUUUUAUUGAUAGCAUUGAAACUCUGUCAGCUCUAGAAAUCGCCGAACAACUGGCUUAUAUCGAGCACAAGAUAUUCAUAUCAAUCUCUUGCGAAGAAUUUCUACAUCAAGCUUGGAUAAAAGAAAAUAGGAUGAUAAAAGCGCCUAAUAUAUGUUUGAUGACGAAACGUUUUAAUGACGUUUCUCGUCUGGUAAUGUCAGAAAUCUUACGACGAUCUUCCGUAAGUGGAAGAGUGGCGGCUAUCGAAAAAUGGACGGCAAUAGCAGACAUUUCAAGAUGCUUACAUAAUUACAAUGGGGUUCUUGAAAUAAUGGCCGCAUUCACCAACACUUAUGUUUUUCGAUUAAAAAAGACGUGGGAGAAGGUUUCGAAAACCACAAGAUACACUAUCGAGAAACUCCAAGCGAUCGUUUCGUGCGAUGGGAGAUUUAGGGCUUUAAGAGAUGCUAUACAUCAUUGUGACCCUCCAUGCGUUCCAUAUUUAGGAUUGUAUUUAGCUGAUUUAGCGUUUAUCGAGGAAGGAACUCCGAAUAUAACCGAAGACGGGCUGGUUAAUUUUUCAAAAAUGAGGAUGAUAGCACACGUAAUACGGGAAAUACGUCACUUCCAGCAGACGACCUACAAAAUUGAACUUGCACCAAGAGUUGUAAAUUACCUCUUGGAUACCACAACUUUAUUAUCAGACGAAGAACUUUAUAAAAUAUCAUUGCAACACGAACCGAGGGUGGCGAGAUUAAGUCAAGCAACUAUAAGCUCUUUGCCAUCAAUUCCUUGGAAGCGAUCGUUCAAAAGACGCUCCACAUCUCAAUACUAAGUAAUAAUUAUUUAACAAUAACUUUUUUCAUUCACUAUUUAUAAAUAUACGCUUUUGAAAUUUUCAUCUUUUUGAAAUUACAAAUUAAACGUUGCAUAUCGUAUGAAUAUCAUGUUUUCGUCGUUUUCCAUUAAUUGUAAUAAUGAAAUUAAAAAAGUAGAUAUAAAAAAAAUUAAAAAAAACUAAAAAAAAAAUGAAAAUGUUCAAUUAUUCUUGUUAAAGAUGUUUAAAGUUUAUCGGUAGGGAUGUCUGUCAUGUUUAAGCCUGACAUAUCAAUUGACCAUCCUAAACCAUAUGGAUCAUUAUAUAUUUUCGAUGUUCUACAACCUCAAAUAAAUAAGACACUAGCUAUUUGUCAAUGGCAAAUAGUCUAUUUUUGAAAUUUAAACCUUUACUGUAGAGAAAUAACUUGAUGAUCAUAACGAUUAAUGAAUAUUAAUUAAUAAUAUAAAAGAUAAUUCUAGAAGGUUUUAAUGACAAUCGUUGGGAAUUUUACCCUUUUCUUAUAAAUUUAAAUUAAAUUUAACCAAUUUUAAUUCCUAAAUACAACAAAAAACAUACGUACUUGUUAAGACAAUAUGCACUCAUCUUCAGAUUUAACUAUGGCAGAAAUGGAUUGAUGAAUACGGCUAUUUAAUAUGGUUAUACGUAAAUAUCUGACAAUAUUUAAAAAUAUACAAUUUUAUCGAUGUUUUUCAUAAAUGUUUGUCUAUCUGUUGAGAUUUUCUCCAAAUUUUAUUCAUAAUUAAUAUCCGUAAAUAUAUACACAUAUAUAUAUAUGUUAGAAAAUUAAAAAUAAACGUUUCUGUUUCUGGAUCUCUGGAUUACUGUAUUAUGGAAAUAUAUAUGUAAUGUUACAA